GGCAGCGUGGUCCAGCGCUCUCUGCGCCGAGCCAGAGGCCGUCUGCGGACCGCCGCCGCGCGUAGCUCGGGCCCCGGUCGGGGACGAUGCCAGACGGCCGGCCGAGGCCGGCGCAGCGGGCGAGUGCGCGAUGGUGGCGAGCGCCGGAGCCCGGGGCGGCGGCGGGGACCGCGCGUCCUCCCGGCGAGCCGGCCGCGGGCUGGCGCCGAGUGCGGCCGGGGCCGGGGCCGCGGCGCUGCUGGCCGGGGCCGGCUGCCUGUGCCACGCCGGCUCCCUGCGCGGCGAGUUCGUGCACGAUGACGUGUGGGCCAUCGUGAACAACCCCGACGUGCGGCCCGGCGCCCCACUGCUCCGCGGCGUCUUCGCCAAUGACUUCUGGGGCAAGGGCAUGGCGGAGAACAGCAGCCACAAGUCCUACCGGCCGCUGUGCGUGCUCACCUUCAGGCUGAAUGUAUUUUUGACUGGCAUGGACCCUUUCUACUUCCACGCGACGAACGUGGUGUUACACUGCCUUGUGACUCUGGUGCUGAUGCACACCUGUGAGAAGAUGGUCUUCGGGAAGCGUGGUCUUGCUUUCCUCACGGCGCUGCUCUUCGCAGUGCAUCCUGUCCACACAGAGGCGGUGGCUGGCAUUGUGGGCAGAGCGGACGUGUUAGCCUGCCUUCUGUUCCUGCUGGCCUUUCUUUCCUACAACAGGAGUCUGGGUCAGUGCUGUGCUGGGGAAAGAUUCUCUCCCACAUCCUCUCCCUUCUUCUUGCUACUCAGUCUGCUCCUGGGGACCUGCGCCAUGCUGGUGAAAGAGACGGGCAUCACCGUGUUCGGCGUGUGCUUGGUGUAUGACCUCUUUUCUCCCUCCCACAAGGAAGACAAGGUGAGCAACGGAGUCCUCCCUGAGCACAGCCCUCAGCAGCCUAGGAGUCCCAUCACCUCCUCCUUGCCACCCCACUCCCACCGAGAGAAUGGGAAGCAGCGGCUCCUACAGAAGGUGGCUUGGGGUGGCUGCCACUCCCCCCUGCCACCAGAACCCAAAAGCAGUGGAUUUCUGGGAUCUCCACGAGCCCUCAUGAGGUUCCUGACAACAGGCAGCAACAGUAAUUAUCUUCUUUCUAUGAGACCAUUUUUCAAAAGGGCCAUUCUGGUCAUAAGUUAUGUGGUGGUGAUUUUGUACUUCCGCCUGCGGAUAAUGGGAGGGUCUAUGCCCCUCUUUUCAGAGCAGGAUAACCCAGCUUCAUUCUCACCUUAUGUUCUUACAAGAUUCCUUACCUAUUCCUACCUCUUGGCCUUCAAUGUGUGGCUUCUGCUGGCACCUGUGACCCUGUGCUACGACUGGCAGGUAGGCAGCAUCCCUCUGGUGGAGACGCUGUGGGACCCGAGGAAUAUGGCCACGGUUCUCCUCCUGGCUGUGGUGACCUCCCUGAGCCUGCACUGCCUCGCAGCAUUCAAGAGGCUGGAGCAUAAGGAGGUCCUGGUGGGCCUGCUCUUCCUGGCGUUCCCAUUCCUUCCGGCCAGCAAUCUCUUCUUCAGGGUGGGAUUUGUGGUGGCUGAGAGAGUCCUGUAUAUGCCUAGCAUGGGCUACUGCAUUCUGUUUGUGCAUGGACUGAGCAAACUCUACACAUGGCUGAACCGAAGUGGAGCCACCUUGGCCGUGUCCACAGUGCUGCUACUGCUGCUCUUCUCUUGGAAAACUGUGAAGCAGAAUGAGAUUUGGCUGUCCAGAGAAUCUCUAUUCAGGUCUGGAGUUGAAACUCUGCCACACAAUGCCAAGGUCCAUUACAACUACGCCAACUUCCUGAAGGACCAGGGUCGGAACAAGGACGCGGUCUACCACUACAGAACAGCCCUCAAGUUGUAUCCUCGCCAUGCAAGUGCUCUGAACAAUCUGGGAACACUGACGAAAGAUACGGCGGAGGCCAAGAUGUACUACAAAAGGGCACUGCAGCUCCACCCCCAGCAUAACCGGGCUCUCUUCAAUCUGGGCAACCUGCUCAAAUCACAGGAGCAAAAAGAAGAAGCUAUUGCACUACUGAGAGCUUCCAUUAAGUAUGGCCCGGAGUUUGCAGACGCAUAUUCAAGCCUAGCUUCACUAUUGGCUGAGCAGGCAAGAUUUAAGGAAGCUGAAGAAAUCUACCAGGCCGGGAUUAAACACUGUCCAGACAGUUCAGAUUUACACAACAACUAUGGAGUUUUCUUGGUCGAUUUUGGGUCUCCAGAGAAGGCAGCCGCCCACUACCGAGAGGCCAUCAGACUUAGCCCAGCCCAUCAUGUGGCCAUGGUGAACCUGGGCAGGCUCUACAGGUCCCUGGGAGAAAACAGCCUGGCUGAAGAGUGCUAUAAACGUGCCCUGCAGGUGGCACGCACAGCUGAGGUCCUGUCACCCCUGGGAGCUCUCUAUUACAACACUGGUCGGCUCGAGGAGGCCCUGCACAUAUACAGGGAAGCGGCAGCGUUGCAGCCUUCGCAGAGGGAGCUGCGCCUGGCAUUGGCUCAGGUUCUGGCCGUGAUGGAGCAGACAGAAGAAGCAGAACAGAUUGUGAGUCACAUGGUGGUGGAGGAGGCAGGGUGCCUGGAAUGCUAUCGCCUCCUGUCCUCCAUUUACAGCAAGCAGGAACACCAUGACAAGGCACUCAGUGCAAUCGACCAGGCUCUACAGCUGAAGCCAAAGGACCCCAAAGUGCUGUCUGAACUCUUCUUCACCAAAGGAAACCAGCUGAGAGAGCAGAACCUUCUUGACAAAGCAUAUGAGAACUACCAGGCAGCUGUGGAAUUGAAUCCGGAUCAAGCGCAGGCCUGGAUGAACAUGGGAGGCAUCCAGCACAUGCAGGGACACUACGUGUCUGCAAGAGCUUAUUAUGAAAGAGCCUUACAGCUGGUUCCAGACAGCAAACUGCUGAAGGAAAAUCUCCACAAAUUACAUCGCCUAGAGAAACGAUCGCAAGAAGUUAGAGGAAAGGAUUAUACAUAACCCCCUGGUGCCGCUCUCCCGGCCAGUGCAGAAGAUUGGAGAGGCCAAAGGUUGCAGGCCCACUCCAUACUCGUACCCCACCACCCAGCUCUCACCCCUAGCCCUGACCAGGGCAGGCUGGGGACAUCCACUGCUGACCCAGCUGAAGGAUUUGCAUUCUCAUGAGGAAGGACAGGACAGGCAAAGAAUGGGCAGCAAGGUCUGAGGAGGAAGGAAAUCAUCAAGUACACAUCUUAUAGAAUGUUGUUUGGUUUCCCUCCCAACUUCCCUUGACAUGUUCCUGUGAGAUUUUCUGACUAGAGAUCUAAUUUCAAUUCUUCAUUUAAACAAAAAUUUACAAAAAUCUCACUCAAGCUCCAAAUGCUAUAGGCAGACCACCUCUUCCAUUUGGAGUCAGAUACUUCAAACAAACAAACAAAAAAAAUAUAGGAUCAGUGGAGCACCACAGGGAGCUUGAUCAAGAGCUAAGAACUUUGUAGAACCUUCCAGAAUAUACACAGAAGAGGGCAGUUGUUCAGUGAGCUUUAAAGGCCUUCUGAGUAGUAAUGAACUUUCCUUUGAUUUAAGUUAUAUCAGAAGGGAACCUUCUAAACUGUAUGGAUAUCUUUAUCCCUACAAGAAAAUGAGGGUACUUGUUACUCCUAAUCUUUUGUGGAAAUGUUUAAAAUUACUUUAAUUUUAUUCUAAGCAUUACUAGAGGAGGAGUUAUACUCUAAAAUUACAAAAGUGCAUUUCAAAUCAUAUAUGUUCCUAACUUGAAAUAUACUCUUAUUUUGGUAGAGAAAAAAUAGAAUAUUCUACAUAUAAAAUAUUGAAGGUGUUAACUGAGAGAGAUCUUCUACUUUAUUAUCUUACUAUCAAGACAUCAUGAGAUUAUUUUUGAGAAGUAUAUUUAACCAGUGAGGAAUCUUUACAGUACAUACAGAAAGCUUCAUAGACUCUAAAUAGAUGGAAAGAUCUCUAUUUCUCUUGUCGGGCCUGAGAAUUCCAUGAUUACAACAUGAGUGACUGAAAUGCAGAAUCUGUCUGCAUUGGUAACUUUGGAGAUUUCAUGGAGAAUAUUCCCAAAACAGUGGGAAAAAUAUGUAAACUCAUAAUUUUGAAAAUAUAUAUAUUUAUAUUUGGAAUAUAAGGUAAAGAUGAACUUGCAAUUUGACAUUUAUUUUUAGAGUUAUUUAUUUCAUAACUUAUAAAAUAUUUAAUAUAUAUAAAUAUAUAUACAUGAUCAUUUUCUUCUCUGUACAUAGGUUUUCAUAGCAGCUUCCAAAACAAAUCAUCAAAAAUAUAAAUCUAAAUGACAAAUUUAAGCGUUAAGUAUCCUUCAGAAUAAUUGUAUUGAUAAUUUACCAGAUAUAGUUAAUGGAGUUAGGGGUCAGAUUAGAAGACAUUUGAAUACCUGGUUCAAACUUGUCAUCAUUAUAAAAAGCAAAAGUAAAGGUAGUUGCUGGUGACUCAUGUCUGUAAUCCUACCCACUCAGGAAACUGAAUCCAACCUGAUCAGGAAAGCCUGUGAGACGUUUAUCUCCAGUUAACA